AAGGGGGGAGGGCGAUAGGUAUAACAUAGGGAAAUGUUGGUUUUACGAAUUUUUUGACAUAAGGGCAUAAUAAUAACUUGAAAUGUGUGGUAAAAUUUUCUGAAUGGUGAUAUGUUCGCCCUCCCCUUUCUUGCUAGUAAUUUUAUAUUUAGUUAUCGUUCAAUGUCUGGCCACUGUAACAAUUUCCCGAGGUUAGAAUGUUUACAUUUUACGCGGUAAGCCCUUUCACCUUUAAAUAUUGCAGAAAAAUGCAGGCGCUAUAUGAAGUGAGGUCCUUUUUAGUCUGUUUCUUUGCACGAAGGUAUCAUGACGAUUUUAUAUGAAUAUGUCAAUUAGAACUUAUUUAUUUUCACUUUGAACUUUUCAAAGCUUUAACAAUGUUUUUGUAAAAAAAAAAUGGGCUAAAAAAGACCUUUUCUCAGCAAGCUCCUGCAUCUUUUUGCCGGCCACGGAAUUGUUAGAAUCAGAAGAACUAACCUCGAAAAAUGUAAACAUUCAAAAGGUCUUUAGGUUCAAUGAUUGCCUUUUUUAUUUUGCCUAAUAUCUGAUAUCGCCAAUUUUAUUAUGUAUGUUUUCUGAAAAGACGCGAAGUUUCAUUUCAAACUGUACAACGACAACACAACAAGUUUACAUUUUUGUUUCUGUUGCAAAAAAUCAGUUCUAUAUGAUAUUGUUUGUUGAAGGCUAAAGUUUCAAACGUCCUUCAAUAUUUCACGCCUCACUGACCUCAAGACGCACGCAUCGUUGGAGAGCGAAAAUGCGCACCAAAGUUCGUAAACUUUCCCGAAGCGGUUGUGCUCAAAGUAAAAGGUGCUAACAUUUUUUUCGCUGCGGGAAACUAAAAAUCAAAGAAUUCAAAUUUGCAAGACCUUUCGUAGAGAGAAACAAGCAAAUAUGGUUGAAGGGAUCAGGUUGGAGAAUCGGAAAUUACAUCGCCACUAUCCCAUGUGAUUAAAAGCAGAAGAAGAAUUUGAAAUUAAAAAGAAGAAGUAGAACAAAUAUGUUCGUAGAAAUUGUAUAAAUGUUACAGUGUUUCCAUUUCUUUCACUUUCAUGAAGCUCAUGUGAGAAAUUUUCCCAAUGCUAUUAUUUUACCGAAUGUUUCUGUUUAUCACUUCCAUAAUGGUAGCAGCAGACGCGCGUUAUAGAAAGACACCAACAAAGUCAUCAUCAAACUUUCCAAAACUGACGGAAUUUUUCAAAAAGAAACCUGAGUUUAAAAGAAAAUGCAAACUAAGUAGAUGCGAUGUCGAGAUACGAAAAGAUUUAUGUGUGUACCGUGCCGUACCGAAAAAAUCGCAUUGUUUAGUUUUCAGAAACGCAAUUGCUGAGCUUAUCCCAGAAUAUAAGCCAGUCAUAAACAAAACGGAAUUAAAACAUUUUCAAAUGCUACCCAUUACUGAACUUUACGUGAAUACCUGCUCAAGAAAAGUGACGUUUCAAACAAACGCAGAGGGAAAGUAUGCAAUAUUCCCAAAAGUAUUUGAGAUGUCAUCCGUAGAAGCAGGUGUGUCAAUUCCCAUACCACUUGGUGAUUUUCAACUCUUUGGUGGCGGUGAAUGGGCGUUUGGUGAUACACAAAUAAAAGUGAAGUUUACAAAAGAUUCUGCUGAUCUUUAUAGUGUAAAAGGAUACUCGGUAAUUGAUUAUCUGUCCAUACAAGACAUAGCAGAGAUGUUUGAUGUGAAUAUUUUGCCGAACAGUCCAGCCAGCGUGUUAUUAAAAAAUAUCGACAUUGACAAAGCUUACAUAAGGAAGGCAAAAAUCUAUGGAUUUUUACAACCGCAACGAGGAAAUUAUGAACUAGCUUUCUCAGGUGAGCCGAUGAAAGGAUUUCAAAAUGGUCACAUUCGUGUCUUUAUCACCAAAGUUGGUAACACCAAAAACUUGGCUAUAUUACUAGAACUGCAAGAUUAUUCGCCAGUUACGUUGUUAAAGAAGAUGUAUGGUCCUUUGAUAAACAAAAUUAAUGUUUUACGAGACCGCAACCAAACGAUAGCGUUAUACAUAUCGUCCCUUCCAACUGCGAAUUUUUCCAGCACAUAUACAUCUCACGGUAGCUCCAGGUGGAUUCAUAGAGAUUCAGUAUUUGGGCCUGGCGCUUAUCUUUUAGUAACUUUACCCUUUCCUAAACGGAAAGCUUUAGACAUGAAAAUUGAGUUAUUAGCUGAUGGCUUGGGUUUCACUGUACCGGAGAGUGAGAAUCUUGCCGGGGAUAUCGCUUUAGGUGCAAUUUCACCGGAACGAAUCAUGCAUAUUGGAGUAGACACAUUAGCUCUACAUAAAAAUAAAGAUGAUAAAAAAUAUAGUAAGAUGAACAUACUAAAAUUUAAAUAUUUUAUAUUUAAUGACACGUAUUUAGCUGCUGCUGAAUCUCAUCUCUCCGUUGAAGAGGAGUUGGAGGAAUUGAUGCCUAUAGGUAGACCAGGAGCGUUACUGCAACAUCAAAACAACAUGGUGGUGCCACAGCGACGGAACAAAUUUGGUGGGAGUAAUUUAGAUGUGUUUUUCAAGCGUGAAGAAACGGAGCGUGAAAAUGACAAAAGAGAUGUAAAUAACGCCUUGGAAUCUAAAAAGAACGACCCGCUUACUUUGGCUGAAAACGAAGGUUUAUUAUAAUAUCAAUAACCUCGUUUACAGGUUAGCUUUGUUAGAAGGAGGUAAUAAGCCCUGGGAAGAAUUCUGACUACUAAUAAUAAGAUUUUUGUUUGAGAUUUUGAAUUGAGAUUUUUCACAUAGGAUACACUUCUAUGAAAAAAGGCCUAAGAAUGAAGUUGCAUUCGAAAAAAAUGAAAGCUUUAUAAAUAUUUUUAUUGCGUUGUAAAAAAAAUAGUAAAUUGUGUUUAUUUUGUAAUUUUUCGUACUGGAAUUGUAAUUUUUUAUAUAUUUUUGUACUUCAUGUUGAAAAAGCUGUGUUGGAAAA